AUGACUGGAGAGACCCAGCAUGUCUACACCGUUGGCGAUACUGACACCGGCCCCAAAGACCCCGACAAGGACUUUGGCUGUGAAGGCUGUGGGGAGAAGGAUGGGAGGGGGCUGGGCGGGUUGGACAAGUCCCCCUUCCCCGGCCCCAAGGACAAGGAGUCCCACAGCCAGCGGGAAGCAGUGAUCCGGCCGCAGCAAGUGGGGAAGAUCGACUUCAAGUCCCUCCACUGCAAACCCAAGUUCAGCAACGAUGGCAGCUGGGGAGAGGUGCAGGGCAGCCUCUCGUCCCCCUCCCCGGGGAAGGGCCGAGCCCGCGAGCGCAGCCGGCGCUCGGGGAAGGGCGAGCGGGGCCACCCCCAUCAGCUGUACCGGCUCAGCAUCGCCGGCACCCGCCCCAGCCCCACCAUUGGCAUCGCCUACCCCCAGCAGAAGGUGACACCCCCAAAGAAACCGGAGGCAAAUCCCAGCCCCGUGGCCGGCAGCUACCGCUUCCACGUGCCCAACGUCCCCCAGCGCGAGGCUGAGCUCCGGCAAGAAGACCUGGGCUUCGGCUGCUGCUUCCCUGACGCCACCACCGGCCGUACCUCUGCCAACUAUACCUCACAGCCCGCUCCCCCCCACGGCCCCAAAGGGCAGCCCCCCGCCGCCGGCAUCCCCCUCAAGAGCCCCGGCACCAAUGGGCAGCUACAUUACUUAGAGUUUCAGGCGAACGGGGCCGACUCUUGGCCUUCCCCAGAGAAGAGCUUCACCGGUGCUAGCUAUGGGAUCUCUCUGCAGAAGCCCGGCUCUUUUCCUGAGGGGGGCAAAGCCAGUGCCCACGGGCUGGGGGCUUUGCCGUGCCAAUAUCCCUUCCAGCUGCUGCAGGACUCGGGGAAGGAGCCGUACAGCAGCGAGGCGGGGAGCCAGGAGUACCUGGAAGUGGGGAUCAGCACCGGGCAGCUGGUUCAUGGAGCCUUCGCCUUCCACUCGUCCUCCCGAGAGUGGCAAGAGGAGACGCCGAGCGGUGGCUCCUACGAGAGCGUGUCCCCUGAGGGCAGGCUCUACGGCCUGUCGGCCCUGCCGCCACCACCCUUCCUGCACCCGGUGCCGGCCUCGCACCACGGCCCGUUGCCGUGCUGCAAGGGGAGGAGCGAGCAUCCCGCCAACCCCCAUGGUGCUCUCUCGUCGUCAUCUGGUGCUAUCGACCAAAAUCCAAGCACUUUCCAAGAGAACCAAGCUGUUUUUCCGUCUAGUUUACACUCGCCUGGUCUGCCAAAGCCGGCCGUUGGUAAGAGGCAAGCCUCGGCAAAAGACAAUGGCCCCAGCCCGCGGCUGCUGGUCCAAGGCAGCCCUCUGAGAAGGACCGUGCCACCAAACUCUCUCUCCCAAGUGCACUUUCAGAGCAAAGCCUAUUGCAGCUCCCCUGCGGGCAGCGCCAGCGCCGGAUCCGUGCCUUUUGAGACAAGCAUUCCCACUACGGCACCCACCCACCCCAGGUUUGUGCAAGCUUGGGAAGGUGCCACCAAGGCAUUUUCACCCGUGGACCAGAAUUCAGCACCUUAUUCAAACCCUCUCGGAAACCAGUUCUCAUUCGAGUGCCAGCCCAGCCCCGAGCAGAGGCAGCACAGGCAGAAGAAUGCCAGGAUGCCUUGGCAGCAAAUCCACCUUGCUCCUGCAAUGUCUGGUCAAAACAGGCUUGAGCUGUUGAGACAAAUCACCAGCCAGAAGCUCCCCUUCCCCCUGAGCACAUCGGAGUGGCAGGGGGGUGGGAAAGGCCAGAAAGGGCCCCCCAUGAGUAACUCUCCGGGGUAUCACAGCAAAAAGCUUGUGUCAGGAGAGAGUCUUGGGGUCCAGAGGGGAGAGCCUAACUCAACGGGCACUUUUUCCUUUGAAAACGGGAAGGACCCGGGGUCUCCUGCCUGCGAGUCGAGAAGCAAAGCCCUCUUCUACAACAUGAGUCAAGCAGGUCCUCCUCCACCUCCCUCCAGGAGCUCGUCAGGCUUAGCGCUGGUCCUGCCACCCUCAGCCUUGGUGGCUGCCUCCCCUUGUGAGUCCCCAUUGCCAUCCCCUGUCCCCAACCCACCCUGUGGCAGCACCUGCUCAUCACUCUCCCCCAUGUCCAGCAGCCCCCUCAACCCCAGCUUUGAAGACAGCCAGAUAUCUGGAGCACUCACUCCCUCUCCCUUCUUCCAGCACCCCUGCCAUUCCAAGGAGAGCAACAAAACCUUCCACCCUUCCGAUGUCCUGAGCUCUGGCUCCCUUCAUUACCACCCCUCAGACUCCAUCAAGUCCUUCCACUUCCCCCCUGAUGCCCUGAAAGAUGAUAACCUCCUGAAAUGUGCCCCAGCCAGCCCCUUCCACAAAUCUGGCAUCGAGGUGGCCAAAGGAUGCUCAGAUGGGCUGGAUGGGGAGCAGCCUCCACCGCCAUACUCCUCCCACCACUUGCUGGCCAGUUCACUCAGCAGUGCCAGCCUGGACCAGCUGGAUGUUCUCCUGACCUGCAAACAGUGCGAUCAGAACUACAGCAACCUCUCCUCCUUCCUGCAGCACCGCCAGUUCUGCUCCUCCCAUCCUGCUCCCCUGGCAGAGGGCAAGGAUGCUCCCCGGGCAGCUGAGGGGAGGAAAGCCCUCCCCCAGGAGCCCCUCACCAAGCCCCCCAGCCUGGGGUUGUCUCCAGACCCCCAAGCACAUUUGUUGGUGUUAAACAAGAGCGAUGACUUCUUGCUGGAUGGGGAAAGCAAAAGUGAGGGCAAGGAAGAUGCUCUGAAGGGUGGCCUCUUCAAUGGCCUCACCACCAGUUCCCUGCCCAUCACCGCCUCGGACCUGGACAUCGAUGAUGCCAAGCUGGACAGCCUGAUCACUGAAGCCCUCAACGGCCUGGGAUACCAGUCAGAUAACCCGGAGAUUGACAGCAGCUUCAUAGAUGUGUUUGCUGAUGAGGAGCUGACAGGCGUGAAGGCAGCCGGCAGUGGGAUGUCCCACAAGGCCAAGGAAGCCCUGGCCUUGGAGAGCAAAUCCAAGCAGGCAGCAGCAGAGGAGAAGGCAGCAGGCCAGCCUAAGGCUGGCUGUUUUUAUGAAGAUGGCCACCCAGGUGCGGAGCAGGCAAAGAGAGGGGCAGGAAAGCAGCAUCUUCACAAGGGGAGGGUGGCACAGGAGUUGGCAGCCAAGGAACCCAAUGCCAGGGCAGCGGGAGCAGAGAGGACAGCCAGGCUGCGGGCAGGCAGGAAGAGCAGUGUCCCACCAGCCACCACCUCCUCUGAGUCCACCUCCAGCCAAAAGCAUCCCAGGAAGCUCAGCCAGGAGCCUCCGAUGAAGAGCGAAGCGGAGUCAGGGAUCACCACCAAGAGCUCCAGGCCAUCCCGGUUCUCCACAAAGGACAUGAAGAAGCGGAAGCCCCGAAGUGGGACAUGGAGCAAGGAGCUCAUUCACAAGAUUGUGCAGCAGAAGAACAAGCUCCACAGACUGCAGGUGAAGAGCAGCAAGCAGGCCCAGGUCCCCCAGGUCACCGAGGGGCUGGUGCCAGCCCCCAAGGAGGGCAGGUUUCAGGAGUAUGACUAUAUCUCCGACUCGGAUGACGAUGGAACAGAGUGCAGCAAGCUCCGGGGACAGAAGAAGAGAGGCACAGGAUUCAUUAGGAGGACCAAGAGCAGCUUUGGCAAGAAACGCUCAGGAAGACCUGAGAAAGCCAAAGAGAAAGACCCAGCGUGGAGGUACAGCCAGAAAAGGGAUGGUCAGAAGAGGGAGGCACAGGCGCAUAGGGGGGUCCCAAGCCAGGAGGAUGCUGAGAAAGAGGAUUGUGUUGCCAGAGUCCGAAGACAGAGCAGCCAGUCAUCUACUGACAGCAACCACAGCAGUAGUGUGCCCGGUGAGAUUAUGGUCACCAGCCCACCCCAUGCUGAUGGGGCUGGCUCAGGCAGUGAGAAGGGAGGCUCACAGAGGAGGAGGAGCUCGGGCAGCCCAGCACGUGCACCAAGGACUCCACUCAGCCUUCCCGAGGACAGGAGCCCAAAGAACAGCCAGAAGAGCAAAGAGGACUUUUCCAGGGGGAGCAGGAGGUUUGGCUCAGCCAAGCCUUUGCUAGCAGGCUCCAGGACGUGUCCAAAUACUCAACUAGAAGUUGCUGGAAUGGACUGUGUGGAGGAGGAGCCAGUACUGCAGCCCCAGGAAAGGCAGCUGCCCAGCUUGGCCACUAUAGGCAGGAGCCCCAUCAGGCUGUCCUGUAAGGAGGGGACAGAAGAGCCCAAAGGAACAGCCAAGCACAGGGCUGAGGCAGGAGAACCCAUCCUGGAGAAUCAGGAUUCCCCUGAGCUAACCAUGGUCAACCAGAGGCAUCAGUUUGCACCUUUCACAAGCAAUGGGCUGAAGUACCAUGCUGAAGAGCUGAUAGCUCCAUCCCACGGCAGUGACGAAGCCAGUCCUGGCCAUGUGAGUGCCGCCUACUCGGAAGCAGGCAUCAAAUACUUGAAGGCACAUGGGCUCUGCGAGGGCCGGAAGGACUGUCCCGUGCUGGUUGCCCCGUACGGGAGGGAUGCAGUGGGGAUGAUGCUCACUGCCAAGGCGCCUGAUCCAUAUGUCAGCAGUGACAACAUGUUUUUCAGUCCCAGAAGUCUUCCUGGUCACUACAAUGACAACCUCUUCUCAAAGCCCCCAGCCUUGAGCUCCUCACACAUGGAUGACAUGUACUUAUGCCAGGAUGACAUCAAGGGCAGCUCCUUCGAGCAGAAGCAUGCCAGCAUCUCCCCGUACGCCACAGAAACACCCCAGGGCAAGGUCUCCUCCCCUCUCAGCUUUGAUUCCUCUUCAAUAUUUGGAGACCUUCCCGUCGCCGAGUUUGAUCCACCACUGUAUGAGAGUGUUUCUACCAGCAAGGACAGUUACGUGCCGACAUUUGCCUGCUCUGGCAACCCCCCCAGCAAGCCACUGCCCUUUGAGCAAUCGUAUCCACCGUUCGUGCCAGAGAAAGGCUGGUCCCUCAUGGAGGAGGUGGCUCCCAUGCUGCCAGAAGACAUGACUCAGUUCCAGAGCCUUUCAGUGGAGAAGCCACUAGCCAAGAAAUUCCCUGAGGAAGGACCUGUCCCCACCAGCCAACUCUCCCUGCCGCUGCCAGACAGGAUAACAGAUUAUAACGUGACUUUUACAAACAACAUUUCAGAUGAUGAGCUGGAGAUCAAGCGAUUAGUCACAGAGCUGGAGAGUCAACUGCAAACCAGCAAGCUGGAUAACGAGGCACCCACUGACCUUCAGAAACCUGAGCAACACGUGGCAGCCCAUCUGCGAGGACAGGUGGCUGAGCUGUUCCCACCACUGCCAGUGGAGCAAGAGACGGGCCAGGAGAAAGGCCUGUUUUUGGCAGAGGAGCUGGGCAGCUCAAGCCUCUGCAUCGGGGAGAGGCUGGAGGGUGAGAAGCCAACCAUCACAAGCAGCCGUAGGGACUAUGAGAGACUCCGGGAGCCCUGGCCUUGCCCAGUGGAGCUGGGCUCGCUGGAGACAGGGACGUCCACAGCGGCCCCACAAGCCAUGGACCAUUUCUGCUCCAAAGACAGUGGUGAGCAGCUCCAGGGAGCUGCAGCUGCAGACGAAAGUGACCCUGAAAAGAUGGAAAAUGGGUCCUCUUCCAAAAGUCUACCUGGGUCACACACACCAGACCAAGCAGAGGCUCCCAUCUACACAGACCCCAUGACAAAAAGCCCUUCUGUUGUCACUGACUCUGUGUUCCCCAAGAUCCUGGAGGCAGCUGAAGCCACCAAAGAUCCCCUGCCAUCCCUGCCAUGCCAGCAUGAUGCUGAGAGCUUCCCUGUGCCAGGGAAAGCAGAUGAAAGCUUCACUGAUGUUGCAGAGCUGGAGAAGCUUGAUGCCUAUCUUCCAAACCAUAAACCUCAACUGGGCACCCCAACCUUGGACCUUGCCUUCUCACCUCACAUCAAAGAGAUCUCAGAUACAGAAGAAAGACCCUUAAGCAAACCCAAGUCCCCCCAAAUGACCAAAAGCACCAUGGACUUCAAAGGGGAUGAUGGUGGGUCUGCAUUGGUGGAAGAAACAGAGGAGAGAAAGAGCCCAACUACCUCUCCAGACCCUGGACUUGGUGACAAAGCCAGCAAGCAAAAAGUGCUGUUCUUUGAUAUUCUGAGUCUGCCUGAGGAGAGCGACCACAGCUCCCAGGAGAUGUUGGCAUCCCAGGAGAGAGCUGCCAAUCCUCUGCAGCAGCUCCAGCUCUUUGUUGCCCGAACAGUGAAGAGCAAUGAAGAGGAGCUGUUGAUGCCCUGCUUCCCCAUGCUCCUUGCUCCUGGCCACCCCUCUGCCACCACCCGUGUCCAGCUGGAGCAGAAAGAGGAGAACGGCGGUGCCUUGGAAGGGGAAAAUGGGACACACUGCCCUGCCCGAGGGGAGGAGAAUAUCCCUGUUGAAGGCAACGCAGAAAAUAUUCCUGCCCCAGCAAAAGAGGUUGUGCUUUUCUCUAGUGGAUGUGAGCAGCUAGAGUCAUUUGGUGGGACGGGCUCUUCCCGUGCAAAACCAUCUUCACUUGCCAAGCCAGAGCUGCAAAGCAACGUAAGGGAGCUGCAGCACUUAGCAAAUGAACCUGCAGAGCAGAAUGACAUUAAUACUGGCACAGAUGGUGUUUCCCGAGAGCAUAAUGACCUCUCACCACUCAAAAACACAGCGGUGACCCCACUGCCAGGGCAAGGAGAGAAAGCUGAUCCACUCUUGGAGGAGGAGGAGGAAGAGAAAAACAAAGCAACCUUGGCAUUCAAAAGCCCUGAGCAAUCCUGUAUAAGCCAUAGUUUGCUGGAGGAAGAAACGCCGGGUAGUGCUGCAACAGAGAGGCUGGAAAGGAAACCAGUGGGACAGGAGGUACAGCCCCUGUGCUCUGCUCCAGUGAGUCCCACCAGCUCUCCCAGACCUUCCAAGGAGGAUCUCCACCAGGAUCACCACUUGGUGCUGGAAGCAAGAGCUGGUACAGUCAGUGCAAAGGAUCCCAGAGAAGGAGAUGGCAAGAAGUCAUCCCUCAAUGGCUGUCAUUACACAGGUGACUCUCCAGCCAGCUUGCUCUUGCCAACCAAUUCGUCUCACCCCAAACACUUGCAGAGCAGUGGGGCAGAGGGAGGAGAGGUCCCCAGCUUCAGCACUCAGCUCUCCGAUGAGAAUAAACACGGCACAUCCCUAGUAAACUCAUCAAGUUCAUUUGUCAUGAAGAAGUGUCCUCCUGAGGUCAACAGCCAUCAUGUGCAUCACCCCACCAUGAGCCCAGGAGAUCAAGGGACUUGGAAAAGGGAACCUCCCUUUCCUCCAUCACUGCCUCACUGUGGCGCCAUGCCCAUGGAAGUGGUCAAGGACAGUCACCAUCACCAGCACCUCCCUGACGGCAUCUUGGGUAACUAUGGACCACCUGAAAGAGAAGGGCUGGUGAGACCCUGCACUCUGCUGCAUGCUGAUGGUCUGGUAGAUUCAGCCUUGGAGAUGGAAGGUCCCCAGAAACCUUAUGGGAAGGACUGCUCUAUUCCCUGCUCACCACCCUUCAACCAAAAAGGUGUUGGGAAAGAAGUACCCAAAAGCACUGGUGCUGUGCUCUCAAGUUCUCAUAUUCAAGAAACCCAAGCGUGCACCAACACAGAUGUGGUCGUUAACUCCAUUCCUGCAGAAACCCAAGAUUACCCAACUCAGCCCACGACAGAUCUGCUCCCCAUCAGAGAAAGAGAGGCAAAACUGGACGAAGAGGACGAGCUGGAAAUCUGUUCUGAUGGUGGAAACAAGCAUCAAAGUGAACCAGAGGCUUUGUCCAAUGGUUGUGUUGUUCAGCCAGCUGCUGUCAUCAGAGGUCUUAAAAGAACUGGAGAUCUCGGUCCUGCUGAAUUAAAUGGCCAUGAGUUUUCAGAGGCAGCAGAGGUGAGACUUGGUCUUUCCAAACCCACAGAGAGCAGAGGAAAGAGUUUAAAAGGGGAGAAAACCAAAAGCCACAGGGAUGGAGAAGCUGGGAGCUGUGUGUUAGGCAGUAUGGGCCAAGGAGAGGACAACAUGCCUAACUGUCCUCUGAACCCUUCCCAAAGUGAAAUUAAAGAAAAGAAGCCAAACGGGCUCCUGGUGACCUGCGACAUUUGUUCAGCCACUUUCCGGUCCAAGCCUGGCCUGACCAGGCACAAAGCUGUCAAGCACCAGGUGAAGAAUGGUGGUGUACCACAGCCUAGCAAGACUCCCCUGUCUGCUUUGAUUCCUGCAGACAGGACAUCAAAAGCAGCCCAAAAAGUGCCCAGGAGGAGCCUGAAGACUUCAAUCAAAGACAAAACUUGCAGCUCACCAGUUCCCACCACCAACACUGACCAUGUCCCCAAGAAAAUAUGCCCAGACCUGGAGAAAGAGCCCAGCACACAGAUGCAAGAAGUGGUCAGCAGAGUGCUGAGCGACCUCAGCGUGAUCUCCUUUGAGAUGUCCCAGGAGCUGCACCGCACACGUGUUCUGCAGAGGGUGAUGAAGAUAAAGGGACCCUGCUUGGAGACAAGGGGAGCAGGUGAGGUGGCAGCUGGGAAGCUGGACUCAGGGCGGCAAGCCAGGAAGGGAGAAAAGGGUAGAAGGAGCCAAAGCAAAGAUCCUGGAGAGGUGAAUGGCAAUUCUGAGAAGCUAAACAGGAAAGUGAGACGAAGGAAAGCAAAGGUGUUUCCUAGCAGAAAUGAGCCUGAUGGUCCAUGUGAGCUGGAGAAGGCAGGUCCUCCCCCUGCUGUCCUCCCCAGUCUGCCCAGGACUAUGGAGAGCUUGCACGAGGCCGGUGGUUGCAUCUCCACAGAGGAGCAAAAUAGGUCCAAGUCAUCACAGUACCCUCAAAAAGCUAAACAGUCCCCUUGUGCAGCUGAGCUUGCAGAGGACCUGGGCAACAGGAUGGGGUCUUCAAAGGAGAUGGUCAGCAAGGAGUUAGUAGCAAGCACAGUCACCUGUCCUGGGGAGGUGGAAGAUCCAAAUGGAGUGGAGGGCCUGCAGGCUUGCAAGAAAUCAGCUAGUGGGUUUGUGAAGCAAGUGGAGAAGGGAUUGGGCAAGGUAGGCAAAGAGCAGCAUUGUGGUGCUGGUGGCACAGAAGAGAUGGAUGCUGUGACAAAAGACAGGCCAAUGGCAGAGAGUGGUGCAGGGAACCAGAGUGAUGCUCCAUGGGGUUCCAUGGUUCCUGCCAAAGAGAGUCUACCACUGGAGACACUGGAUUCAGAAACCACACAAAAGAUUGCUGGGCAAGGUGCUCUGCAGACCACACCAGGGACCAGCCCUCCUCCUGCAGAGCCAAAGCACUGGCUGACAACAGACCUGCCACCGGGCAGAGAGCAUUGUGUGGAAAGGGUGGCCAUCUCAGACCUGCAGAGCUUGUUUGAUGAUGACUCCACAUUCUCCCAGCUCUUUCCCCGGGACGACCAGUCUGUCCGGAGAAAAUGCACACGGGUGUAUGGGAAGCGUAGCAAGAAACCCAAGCCCGUGACCGAGGUGGACCAGCGGGCAACGGGUGACGUGGACCUCUUCACAAUCCGGUUAGCUUCUGACCUCAGCAAAACCAGCUCUUUCUGUGUCACCAGGGAGGACCCAUGUGAAUACGAAACCAUCUCCGUUAACGAUGCCUUAAUGCUAAACAUGUGUCACAGCAGCACGGGGAAGAGUGGGGAUGCUCCUGCUCCCAGCGGAUCCAAAAGCAUUGCACUGAGGUUGGACUGCGAGAAGACUGACCAAGGGAAGGAGGACAUUGACCUGGAAGACAACAUGCUAACCUUCUUGUGCCAAAACAGCCAAGUGGACAACAUCCCCAGCUUGAACAUCUGGGAGAAUCUGGAGAAGGAGGGAGAAAGCCUCUCUGCUGACGACAUGUUUGAGCCUCUGAUGGACCUCGAAGAUGAGCACUCGCUCAGAGAAGUGAGCUCCGAACCCCCUGACCUGGUGGAGGAGUCCUAUGGUGACACAGCUAACAAAGACUCAGGCUCUCCUGAAUUUCACACCAUCGACAUUGAGAUGCUGAAUGCAAAGCUGAAAAUGAGAGACAUGUGCUUCUUCAGCCCAUGUGAAGAUCUUUCUGGACAUGGGGAGGACAAUGCUGGGAGUUUCAAGCCAAAGCCGGGCCAGCACAGCAAGCACAGAAGCAAGCUAGAAGAUGGGAAACUGGGGAAAAACCGCAGUGAGAUGACCAUCAAGACCAAAGACAAGCAGUACAAAUGCAAAGUCUGCUUCCAGUGGUUCCUGACGUUGGGAGAGCUGGACUUCCACAAGCUUUCCCAUAACCCUUCCCCUCCGCCUACCUGCUACAUGUGUGUCCAGCGCAAAUUCAGCUCCCGGGAGCAGCUGAGGGACCACCUGAAGGAGAAGCACGCCAAAAACAAAGCCGGUCUGUGGGCUUGUGGGAUGUGCCUGAAGGAGAUCUCUGAUGUCUGGAUGUACAACGAGCAUCUCCGGGAGCACGCCACCCAGUUCGCUCGCAAGGGCCAAGCGCAGAAGUCUGUGAUGGGCCUGCCAGCCUGCUUCGGUGAGGACAACGCUGCUGUCACCCACUUCCUCAACACCAUCAUGUAUCGGAAGCCCAGCAGGUCCUCCCGGCACACCGACCCCAGCUGCAGGCAGGGGGGUAGCAGAGAGAGCAAGAGCCCUAAGGAGCUGCCCCUUGAGCAAGAGGCCAAGGUGAUGAAAGACCCCUUGGAAAGCAACGUUAAGGUGAAGCCACCUGCAUCCAGCUCUUCUAAAGCAUCUGCCAGUCCUUCUCCAGAGCAUGUGGCAAAAAGCGAUGGCACCCCAAAAUCUGUCCCCAUGCACCCAGACUGCAAGGAUCCUUCCAGGGACUGUCAUCACUGUGGCAAACAGUUUCCCAAACCCUUCAAGCUCCAGCGGCACUUAGUCGUGCAUAGUUUACAGAAGAUCUACUUGUGCCACAAGUGUCCAAUGUUCUACCAGGAGACCAAAGAGCUUCGGAACCACCUCAGCCAGGAGCACGGGAUAGUGGAGGAGCAGGAGAUCAAGCACACCACCCUGUAUGCCUGCGAGCUCUGCGCAGACGUCAUGCACGUGAUCAAGAAGUCCUUCAUCUGCAGCAUGUGCAACUACACCUUCUCCAAGAAAGAGCAGUACGACCGGCACAUGGAGAAGCAUCUGGCGGGAAGCAACAAGACUUUCAAAUUCAGAGGGGUCAUGAGACCUGGUGUUGCCUUCAGGGAGGGCAAGGAGAAAGUGAAAGAGGAUAGCUCUCUCUGGGAGGGCGUGCCACCAAGCAAGAAGAGAAAAGUUGCUCACCACAGCAGCUCUCUCCCACACAGGUCGCCGGUCCACGUGGACCACACUGGUGACCUUCAGCUGGUAGAGGCUGCAAGCCCCAACCUGCAGGCUUCUGGUGACUCCUUCCCUACAGCACCUGAUGACCAAGGAACACCCCAGCCCUCCCUGAAAACGGAAGACCUGGUGGGGGACUUCUCCGACCUCCUGGCAGAGAUGGAGAAAUCCCAGUUUGCUGGUCUGUCCCCACCACGCUGCCUUUCCCCAUCUUUGCCUCAGGCUGCGACAAGCAGCCCGGAGCUUGGCCACGUCGCUGCCCUGUCUAUGGAGGAGCUGGAGAAAGGAGCAUUUGAUGGGAAACCACUUCCUUUCUUGGACUCACCCGAGUUUACUGUUGACCUUGCUGGGUCAGCUUGUAACCAGGCCACAGACCAAAAACUCUCUCCUCCCCACCUGACCAAGAAACGGGGCUACGCUGAUGCCCAGAAAAGGACAAGUGUAGGAAACAAAGAUGAGCAUAUAGCAGGUGUCCUGGAAAAUCCCAGUGCAGCUGUGGAUGGGAUCCCAUUUCUCCAACUUGCCAAGAAGGUCUCAGGGCUUCCUUCCCUUCAAACAGAGGCUCCACCAGCCAAGGAGAUCCAGAGGUGGGGCAGCCCCAGUGCCAGCAACACCUCUUCUUGGGAAGGUGCACCUAAAGCCCUGUCUCCAGAAGCUGCCCACCACCCCCUGCCCCUGAAGGACAAGACAGCAUCACCCACGCUGAACAGGGCUGCCAAAGAUUUGGUCCUGCAGAAGAAGACCUCGGGUAGCCAGCCCAGCAAUGAGGCUGGUCCCAGCACUGGCAGCCCUGAUGGCAGCAACGAGGAGGGUCACCAACUCAUCUCGGGGAAGGACAAAGUCGCUAAGGACCCUAAGGAGAACAGCACUAAUGCCAAGGACCAAGGUGGCAACCCAAGCAAAUCCACCAGCCACCAGCCCAGAGGUGAGGUGGCCAGCAACACUGUAAGACACAGCCAUGUGGAACCAAGCAAAGCCACCAGCAAGCUUCACCCCAGGAGGAGGAAAGAGCACAAGUCCUUGAGCCAUCGGAGCAGCCCUGGCUCCCGGGAGAACAUGGAGGGAGACGGGAAAAAGAAAAAAGCCCGGAUCUCAUGCCCGGGGAGGAGCGAAAGCACCGGUGAGCUCAAACAUGCUGGUUGGAGCAAGGCUGAAGCUUCAGCACUCUCCCCUGGGAGGAGGGAGACACAGUGCAACAAACUGGUACCCAGGGGCAAAGCAGGCACACAGCUGAAGAAGAUGGUCCUGGACACUUACAACCAGAAGAAGGGGGAGAUCCAUCACGCCAACGGGGAUGUGAAGCGCAGGAAGGCCAUCCUGGGGAAGAGCCUCCACCAGGUGUUGGCCAAGGGGCCGGCGCCAUCCCCACAUGGGUCCUUGCAGAGCCCACGUGCCAGCCGGGGGGCCAAGCCGGCCGGGUCGGGCAGCUACCGCACCGCUGAGUCCCAGAACAACCUGCUAAGCCAACUCUUCGGGCAAAAAUUAACAAGCUUUAAAAUUCCUUUAAGAAGAGAUACUUCAGAGUAAUUUAUGGAAGUGACUUAUGGUGAUCCUCAGCUGCUUUCAUGGGGUUUGCAAGGGAAAAAUUAUCAAAGCAUUAAAUUCGUUUGUGUAGCAUGAUUUCUCUGUCUAGCUUAAAUGAACUUGCACUGCAGCCUCUGUGAAAUAGUUUGCUUUGUGUCUACUAAUCUACUUUAAUUCACCUGAUUUAUCAUGCAAAUGCUAGAACUUUGAUGUUGCUGAUGAUUUUCACGAACUGAAAUUGUAAUCGCUUUGGGCAGACUGAAUCGUCGAGAGCAAUUGCUUUAUUGCAGAAGUGCUGAGGUUAUAAGGAUACUUGCAAAUCUCAGACCCUUUUGAGACUGUGUCUGUGUUAUCUUUGUACAAAGUACUUGAAGAGAUGAACUUCAUUCCGUAGACGUCUUAUUCAUAAGGUGCAGUACACUGUAGAAAGCAAAUUUUUAUUAUUUCCUUUUUUAUUAUUAUUUUUAAGAUUUUGCACAAAUAAUCCCAUACGAUUCAUUUAAUUAGGAGCUGGCCUAAGAGAUGAUACAAUUAGGAGGGGGGGAAAAAACCCAACACGUCAGAUUAAGAAUCGGGUGUCCCAUAUUUUGACAGCCAUCCCCAUGAAUUUGUUUCCACGUUGUCAAGAGAAAAAGGAACCAGCCCUGGGGCUGCUGGAGCCCUUCAGAGUAUGCUGCCACUCUUUGACCACUGUAGAUGAUGUGAGCAGAGGAGCCCCGACCGCGAGCGAACUGCACCUUGACACUUGUGACAAACUGAUACUUUUAGGGUGUUUUGUUUUGUUUGUUUGUUUUCUGUUUGGGUUCUUGUUGUUUGUUUGGGGUUUGUUGUGGUGUUUUUUUUUUAAUGUGUGCAUGUGUGUUUGGGUUUGUUGGCUUGUUUGUUUGUUGUUGUUUUUUUUGGUGGGUUUUGGGGUUGUUGGUUUUUUUGCGCAACGACAAAACUGUGCCAAUUUACCGAACCGGUACCGUGCCCUCAACGGUGUCACUUCUAAACUAUCUUACUGUAUUGAGUAGUGGCUUUCUAGGUAUCCGCUUUUUUACUAUGCAGUUACUGGUGCUAUUCUUCUUUUGUAAUGUGAAUACAGCCUUCCUUGAUUGAAAAAAUAAAAGGGAACCAGGGGGAAGUAGCUGAUACCCGUAAAACGGAGCAGGAAACAAAGAAAUACUUCUAAAAAUCCAACUUUGGGGGGGGGAAAUAAAAAAUCCCGUAUGCUGGUACUCCAUAGUGUUGAAAAGGUUACAUUAAAUGAGCUCGUUAUACAACUGAACUUUUGAAUCCGGAAAGAAAUCUCAGGUGCAAACGAGGACAUGGAAGAUGAAAUACUAUUGAAAUACUCCCAAGUCAAGGAGGUGAAGUAAUGCACUGAUGUGAUAUGAACAGUCAGAGUACUUUGCGUCUGUCCUGCAGUGAUGAUGUUUUGUUUUGUUUUAGAUUUAAAAAGGAAAAAUAAAAUCUAAAAAAAAAAAAACAAACAGAGGCUUUAUUCUGUUAAUAUGUAUCUUUACAAUUCUUUGUAUUGUAUAAAAAUAUUGUAGGUAAUUUACCUUGGGUGCAAUGUGUUCUGUCAAAAGUUUUUAUUUUGAUAUUUUGUCAGAGAAGCAGAGAGAGCAGGAAACGCCAUUUUAUGAUGUUGUUUGUGUGCUUUUAAAGUGCCUCUUUAAUAUUGUUAAAUAAAGUAUGAGAUGAAAAUAUGGGGCGGUACUGUAAAAUCAUACAUGAUUAAUCUUUUCAAAUA